AUGUGCUCCAGUCCUGCAGGAGGCAGCAGAGAGUGUGAUUAGUGGUUGGGACGGGACGGGAUAUAUGUGUGUGUGUGAGUGCAGACCGGGAUCUGAGAUUUUUUUUUUGGGUGGUGGCUGUUUGUUUUACUGGAACUACAGCAGCAAAUGCGCUGGAAUGCUGUCGGCCAGUUAACUUUACUCCGUCGAGUUUGAGCGAAAUCUCGUGUUCCCUCUCCACUUCCAUCGACUCCGCUCUUGUCUCGUGCGUGUAGGAUCUGAGAGCGGGUUAGCGUUAUCCCGGUCAGAGCAGCUUUUAUCGAUUCAUUCACAGAGAAAGCUAACGGGGUAGCGUGCUAAGUGAACACAGAUGCAGGCCAUAAAGUGUGUGGUGGUCGGGGACGGGGCUGUGGGAAAAACAUGCCUUCUGAUCAGCUACACCACCAAUGCUUUUCCCGGGGAGUACAUCCCUACUGUGUUUGAUAAUUAUUCUGCUAAUGUGAUGGUUGAUGGAAAGCCGGUGAACCUGGGACUGUGGGAUACAGCCGGACAGGAGGAUUACGACCGGCUUCGACCGCUUUCCUACCCUCAGACGGAUGUGUUCUUGAUCUGUUUCUCUCUUGUGAGUCCAGCCUCGUUUGAGAACGUCCGUGCGAAGUGGUAUCCAGAGGUCAGACAUCAUUGUCCCAACACUCCGAUAAUCCUCGUUGGGACUAAGCUUGACCUGAGAGACGACAAGGACACUAUUGAAAAGUUGAAAGAGAAGAAACUCACACCCAUCACCUACCCUCAAGGCCUCGCUAUGGCCAAAGAAAUAGGAGCUGUGAAGUACCUGGAAUGCUCAGCCUUAACACAGCGUGGCCUUAAGACGGUGUUUGAUGAAGCCAUCCGUGCGGUCCUGUGUCCGCCUCCGGUCAAGAAGCGAAGGAGGAGGUGUCUCCUCCUCUGAACUGACUGUACUCACAGCCCCAGCUGCAAUCUGAGCUCACCUGAGAGGAGAACAAUGGAGGCGGGGAUGUUGGGAAAUGUGUGUUGGAGAAGAAGAAAGAGUCUGCACAGUGUAUGCAUUCAGAUAUUUCUCCCUCUUGCAUUGUAAUUAGAUUUCCGCCACUAACUAGCUGUUAAGAUGCCAGAUAAUUUGCUUUCGAGAGUGGCAUCCAUAGUUGUUUUCCUUCCCCACACUAAGAAAUUCCAGCUGCCUUCUAAUGAUCUUAUUUCUCCCUCAUUUCGAUGAACUAAUCACUAUUUCUCCAUCUUUGUGAGCGUAUAUAUUUUGUUUACAAUCUGUGUUUUUGUAGAAGAUGAAUUAUUGCCAAAUUUUAAACCUACAAGUUAUGCAUUUCAGUUUGCUCACACUAACAAUCUCAUUGUUUCCUAAAGAUUUUUUUGGGGGGUAGGGGUUAAUCGUGUACUUGUAAGAGACAGAGAUUGCAGUAAUACUGAAGGAACUAUUUUACUAGAGGACAGCUGAAGAAAACACUUUAUUAUUUUUGGAUCGUGUGUUACGGUUUCCAUGCUAGAGAGUUUAUUUUGUUUAACUGUAUGAGAAACGGAGCUAGUUAAAAUGCAUAUAACAGCUUUGUUUUGUCAGCAUAUCGCAUAUAUUCACUACUGUUUCUAAAUCUUCAGAAGGGCAGAUCUCUUGUUUAAUCUCUCUCUGUAUUUUAAUCAGUCUGUCUGAAAAGGCUGGCAGUGUGUUUUAUCCAUUUUACAGUCCCAGUAUUGUAUUUCGACUACAGAUCUACCAGUGCCUAGUAACAGACCAGAGUUUUGUCAGAAAGCAGAGUAUGCUGGAAGUUUCUAGACACCUCAACACUAUGGCAUGGGGUUUGUCUUCUCAAAAGAUUACCAUGAACACUUUGCUAAAUGUAGUGGAUUCUUGAAUUCAACAAAUAUAAACCGUUCGUUGUUAGGGUUACAGACAUUAAGUAUUAAGCUUCUAAUACUCACAGGAAACAUGGAAUGUUUUAAUUUUAUCAUCUUGACAGUUCUCUCAUUUUUUUAAAACAUUUAAAAUGCUUUAUUCAUGCUUUUAUUGUCUCCACUAAAGCUACAAUGUAUUAACCUUUGUGUCUGAAAAUAGAAACCAAAUAUAAAAAUGUUU